ACUGAUUUCUCCUCGGGACCUCGCAGAUCUCGCCCGGAGAUGAGACUACGUUACCUGACUACUGUUGGGGAAAAGAAAGAAUAUGAAGAGCUGGUGUUGAGUCAAAUAUACUGAGCUUCUACUAGCGAGUUAAAAGCAACAGAACCAUGGCUCAAUUUCCAACAUCUUUUGGUGGCAGCCUGGAUAUUUGGGCCAUAACUGUAGAAGAAAGAGCAAAGCAUGAUCAGCAGUUCCAUAGUCUCAAGCCAACAUCUGGGUUUAUUACUGGUGAUCAAGCCAGAAACUUUUUUUUUCAAUCUGGGUUACCUCAACCUGUUUUAGCACAGAUAUGGGCACUAGCUGACAUGAACAAUGAUGGGAGAAUGGAUCAGAUAGAAUUUUCUAUAGCAAUGAAACUUAUCAAACUGAAGCUACAAGGUUAUCAGCUACCUGCUGCACUUCCUCCUGUCAUGAAACAGCAACCUGUUGCUAUUUCUGGUGCACCCACAUUUGGUAUAGGAGGCAUUGCCAACAUGCCAUCUCUCACAGCUGUUGCUCCAGUACCAAUGGCAUCGAUUCCAGUAGUAGGAAUGUCCCCACCUCUCGUAUCUUCUGUUCCUACCACAGCAGUUCCUCCCCUGGCUAAUGGCGCUCCUUCUGUCAUACAAUCUCUGCCUGCUUUUGCUCAUCCUGCCACGUUGCCAAAGAGUUCUUCUUUUAAUAGAUCUGGUCCAGGUUCACAGUUAAAUACAAAACUACAGAAGGCACAAUCAUUUGAUGUGGCUAGUGCCUCUCCUGUGGCAGAAUGGGCCGUUCCUCAGUCAUCAAGACUGAAAUAUAGGCAACUGUUCAAUAGCCACGACAAAACAAUGAGUGGACAUCUAACAGGUCCCCAAGCAAGAACUAUUCUUAUGCAAUCAAGUUUACCACAGACUCAGCUGGCUACAAUAUGGAAUCUUUCAGAUAUUGAUCAAGAUGGAAAACUAACAGCAGAAGAAUUUAUUCUGGCGAUGCACUUAAUUGAUGUGGCUAUGUCUGGCCAACCCCUACCACCAGUACUGCCUCCAGAAUAUAUUCCUCCUUCAUUUAGAAGGGUUCGCUCUGGCAGUGGCAUAUCUGUCAUAAGCUCUGUAUCUGUAGACCAAAGGUUACCAGAGGAACCAGUGUUAGAAGAGGAACAGCAACCGCUGGAAAAGAAAUUACCUGUGACAUUUGAAGAUAAAAAACGUGAAAACUUUGAACGAGGUAAUCUGGAACUUGAAAAGAGAAGACAGGCUCUAUUAGAACAGCAGCGUAAAGAGCAGGAGCGCCUGGCACAACUCGAACGGGCCGAGCAGGAAAGGAAAGAGCGAGAACGUCAGGAACAGGAACGAAAAAGGCAGGUGGAGCUGGAAAAACAACUGGAAAAACAGCGGGAACUGGAACGUCAGAGGGAAGAAGAGAGGAGGAAAGAAAUUGAAAGACGUGAGGCUGCAAAAAGAGAACUUGAAAGACAACGACAACUCGAGUGGGAACGGAAUCGGCGGCAGGAGCUAUUGAGUCAAAGGAACAAAGAGCAAGAAGACAUAGUUGUCCUGAAGGCAAAGAAAAAGACUUUGGAGUUUGAAUUGGAAGCUCUUAAUGAUAAAAAACAUCAACUUGAAGGAAAACUUCAAGAUAUCAGGUGUCGAUUAGCCAUGCAAAGGCAAGAAAUUGAAAGCACAAACAAAUCCAGAGAACUUAGAAUUGCCGAAAUCACCCACCUACAGCAGCAAUUACAGGAAUCUCAGCAGAUGCUUGGAAGGCUGAUUCCUGAAAAACAGUUACUCAAUGACCAAUUAAAACAAGUUCAACAAAACAGUUUGCACAGAGAUUCACUUCUUACACUUAAAAGAGCCUUAGAAGCAAAAGAGCUUGCUCGUCAGCAGCUGAGAGACCAGCUGGAUGAGGUUGAGAAAGAAACUAGAUCAAAACUACAGGAGAUUGAUAUUUUCAAUAAUCAGCUAAAGGAACUAAGAGAAAUACAUAACAAGCAACAGCUCCAAAAACAGAAGAAUUUAGAGGCGGAAAGGUUGAAACAGAAAGAAAAAGAGAGGAGAACAAUAGAAUUAGAAAAGCAAAAAGAGGAAACCCAAAGACGUUCACAAGAUAAGCAGUGGCUUGACCGAGUUCAACAGGAUGAAGAGUAUCAACGGCCAAAAAAACUCCACGAUGAAGAGAAACUAAGAGAAGAGCCGGUCAAGAAAAAAGAUGGUGAGGAAAAAGGCAAACAGGAAAUGAAAGAUAAGCUGAAUAAGCUUUUUCAACAAUACCAAGAACCAGCUAAGCCCACUCUCCAGACACCCAGCUCAUCUACAGAAAAAGGCCCACUUGCUAUUUCUACUCAAGAGGAUGUAAAGGUAGUGUAUUACCGGGCACUGUACCCUUUUGAAUCAAGAAGCCAUGAUGAAAUCACCAUCCAGCCUGGGGACAUAGUCAUGGUGGAUGAAAGGCAAACUGGAGAACCUGGGUGGCUUGGAGGGGAAUUAAAAGGAAAGACAGGAUGGUUUCCUGCAAACUAUGCAGAGAAAAUCCCAGAGAAUGAGAUCCCCACCCCUCUGAAACCAGGAGCUGACUCUGCCCCCACGCCCACACCUAAACUUGCCUUACAUGAAACCCCAACUCCUGCGACAACAACCUCUUCAGAAUCCUCUACGGCCUCCAACAACUGGGCAGACUUCAGCUCCACGUGGCCAACAAACACUAAUGAGAAACCAGAAACAGAUAAUUGGGAUGCAUGGGCAACCCAACCUUCGCUUACUGUUCCAAGCGCAGGGCAGUUGAGGCAAAGAUCAGCCUUUACCCCAGCUACUGUUACUGGCUCAUCACCAUCUCCUGUUUUGGGCCAGGGUGAAAAGGUAGAGGGGCUACAAGCACAAGCCUUGUACCCGUGGAGGGCCAAAAAGGACAACCAUUUAAAUUUCAACAAAAAUGAUGUCAUCACAGUCCUGGAACAGCAAGAUAUGUGGUGGUUUGGAGAAGUUCAAGGUCAAAAGGGUUGGUUCCCCAAGUCUUAUGUGAAGCUCAUUUCAGGACCCAUAAGAAAAUCAACAAGUAUGGAUUCAAAUUCUUCAGAAAGUCCCGCUGUUCUAAAGAGAGUAGCAUCACCAGCAGCUAAACUUUCAAUACCAGGAGAAGAAUAUAUUGCCAUGUACACUUAUGAGAGUUCUGAACAAGGCGAUUUAACCUUUCAGCAAGGGGAUGUGAUUUUGGUUACGAAGAAAGAUGGUGAUUGGUGGACAGGAACAGUAGCUGACAAAUCUGGAGUCUUCCCUUCUAACUAUGUGAGGCUUAAAGACUCAGAGGCCCCUGGGACUACUGGGAAAACAGGGAGUUUAGGAAAGAAACCUGAAAUUGCCCAAGUUAUCGCAUCUUAUACUGCUACUGGCCCAGAACAGCUUACCCUGGCACCCGGACAACUAAUUUUGAUCCGGAAGAAGAAUCCAGGAGGAUGGUGGGAAGGAGAACUUCAAGCACGUGGGAAAAAGCGUCAGAUAGGCUGGUUCCCAGCUAAUUAUGUAAAACUUUUAAGUCCUGGUACCAGUAAAAUAACACCAACGGAGCCACCUAAGUCCAUAGCACUACCUACAGUGUGCCAAGUGAUUGGUAUGUACGAUUACACUGCACAGAAUGAUGAUGAGCUGGCAUUCAACAAAGGCCAGAUCAUCAAUGUUCUUAAUAAGGAAGACCCUGAUUGGUGGAAAGGAGAAGUCAAUGGACAAGUGGGACUCUUCCCAUCCAAUUAUGUGAAAAUGACAACAGACAUGGACCCAAGCCAGCAAUGAAUCAUAUGUUGUCCAUCCCCCACUCAGGCUUGAAAGUCCUCAAAGAGACCCACUAUCCCAUAUCACUGCCCAGAGGGAUGAUGGGAGAUGCAGCCUUGAUCAUGUGACUUCCAGCAUGAUCAUCUACUGCCUUCUGAGUAGAAGAACACACUGCAGAGCAGUUUACCUCAUUUUACAUUAGUUGCAUGUGAUCGCAAUGUUUGAGUUAUUAUUUACAGAUAUAGAAGCAAAAAUUACAAAAAUACACAGGAUAGUGGGUCCUUUUGUGGCUUUCGUAGUUACUGGAACUGAUUUUUUUUCCCCACCUUUGCACAGGUGUUUUCGAUAGCUUUCAAAUUAUUUUUAAAUGUAUAUUUUAGCCUUUUCAUAGAAAAAAAUAUAAAUUAAACUAUUUCCUUACUAUUUUGGUUUUGCAAAAAGACCCACUAUCAAGGAAUGCUGCAUGUGCUAUUAAAAAUGUUCCAAAUAUCCAUAAAUCUGAGACUUUUUUUUUUCAUUUUGUCCAGUGUUACUGAUCAAAAUGUCUUUUGUUUUGUUUUGUUUUCUACUGCAAAGGUACAGGUGUUAGAUCAAGUUUUAAGGAAAUUAAGAAUGUGACUAGUUAAACAGAAAUGAGGAAUUUUGUGCUAGUUUUUGUAUGUUACCAGGUAUACCUUGUUAAGUACGUUCUACAUCCUGUACAGAGGAAAUCAAUUUCUUUUCAUGGCAAAAGAUAGUACCCUUAUAUGAUGCUGUAAUCAGACUACAUUAAUUUUAUUUUGCAGUUAUCCUGUACCUCCAUAAGGAAGCAUCUCUGGUUUUGUUUUGUCUCAGAUUUAUCUCAUUGGGGUUUCUUUUGUUCCCUGGGGUGGGAAGAAAGUGUUGUAAAUUUUCUUAUCACAAAUCAGUAAACUACAUCCAGGUAGCUGUUAUCAUUAAUACUCCCAAUCUCUUUUUAGUCUCUGUUACAUGAAGUUUUAUUACAAUUACUUUUCUAUGACAAUGGAAUGACAUCUUUUGAACAAGUGAUUAUCUUGACAAGAAAGAAUGUAUAGAAAUAUCCCUGCAAUUAAUUUCCAGUGUUUACAUUUUUUAACUAGACUGUGGAAUUUAUAUAGAUUAUAUUAAAUGGAGCUUACAGUCCACUUUAUGUAGUAGAUGUACUGUAGCCAAAGCAUGUUUGUCUUUUAAACGUUAGUCUAAAGCUCUUAUUAAAAUGCCUGGUGCUGUCAGCACAGAAAAGAAAAGAAAAAAAUGUGUCUCAAGCACAAUAUAUCAGUUCUGCUAAUGACUUUUAAUAUUUCAUUAUCUUGUGUUUUUAUGUCUCCUUUUCUUCUGAAAUUCUAUGCUGACAGUGUUAAAGGAUUCCUUUUCCUUUUGUGGUGCAGAUAAUGAGUGGGAUGCUCCCACUCAUUAACCAGCACUUCAGUAUUUUAAUGGAUAUGAAUGUAAAAUAUAUAACUAUAUAAAAUCUGCAGCUUUAACCAUUGUAAUACAGGCUUUACAAUUAACUUCAUGUGUAGAUAAUUAAAUUCUUCAUAUAAAGGUUAGAUCCACAUGGUUUUGUGUUCUUGCUAUUGGAAUCUACCACUGGGCAAAGAAUGGUGAACCAGACAACUAAUGGUGCAAACACAUGGGCUGUUGCCUGGUUACUAAUGAUUACUUACACAGUUUGAAAUCAAGAUUUAAUCAAAUUCUGUUGAGUGACAUCUUGCAGCUUCAUCUUCAAGUCAUAUUUGAGUUCACUUCCCCGAGAGUUAACUUAAUAUACAAAAGAUUACACUUAUACAGUAGAAACAAUCCCAUCUCAAUUCUGGUAUCGAGGAUUAGAACUAAAAACCUAAUUGGCAGUGCCAUAUGUUGUAUUGUUAUCGUUUUGUUGGGGAUGUGUGAUUCGACCAGUAGCAUAUUUAAGCUUGUGUAACAAGAAACUAUGUUAUAUAGUGGGGCUUUACUCUACAUCUUGACCGUGACAGAAGUACAGAAAGUAAUGUUCCCACCGGUUGACAUUCCUUCAUCCUCGUUCCAGAUCUGUUACCAGAAUACUGUUGCUAUGCAUAUUUAAGUGACCAUUCAGGCAGUUGAGCCAGUGUCAACAUUGUACCUCCCUAGGAUGGUGGUCCCAAGAAUGUGUUUGCUGCAAUGAUAGCAAUAUCUCUGCAUUUGUGCCUUGAUUGCUUGACUUCUAACAUUUAUUCAUUUGACAGAUAUUUAUCAUGUGCCAUGGGGAAUACAAAGAUGAAUGAGAAUAGUUCAUAUUUACUUAGCUUUUUAAACACAUUAUUGUGCUUCCCCCACAACAGUUCCAUGAGGUAGGUAGUAUAAGUGUUAUCCUCACUUUAUAGAUGAUAGAAACUGAGGCCCCUGUAAUCAAACUAUGGUCUUCUUGUACUCCUAGGACCAGUGGGAAAUCUAGAUUAUCACUUGAUUGUUUCUCCCCUGCUGGUUAGUUGAAUUAUAAAUAACUCCCAUAGGCUUUUGUACAACAUUGCCAACUUCUAGAGGGGAGAAACUUUUCUAGGAAGCCCCACUGCUUCCUAUGAGUCCUAAAACCUCAUGCUAUCAUAGUCUUCCUCUUCCCUUCUCCUCAUGCUCCUCGUGACCUGAAGGAGAAGAGUUGACAAAGUAGUUAAGUUUUAAAUAUUUUCCCCCCAAGAAUAACUUUUGACCUUAACUACACAGAAAGGAGGAUGCCUGAUAGCCACAACAAAGGAUUAGUAUUUUAGGUCUUAUGCUGUGUUUGUGAUACUGGCAGUAGUAGCACCCCAGGAGAGUACUUCCAUUAAAGGGACAAAUCAUUCAAAUGUAUUUGAAAUUUUGCCCUUUGACAUAUAGAAUCAUACCUUUAAACCUCCCAUCUCUACUCUUCCUCUCCUACCUCCCUUGUAUGGUUAGGAAUGAUAUAGUUGAUGUGCUUUUGUAGUGGGAUGUAUAUCAGUAAUAGUGGUUAUUACUGUGUAAAGUUUUUUUUAGUAUAUAAAAUUAAACUCUUUGGUGAUCUUGUA